AUGGUGAUAAGCUCUGCGGUUUUAUCGUGUCCAGCGGCGAUGCUCGGAAGACGCCGGACGGUGGCGACGACGGAGCUGAGAUCAAAACGGUGGAGAGUGACGUGCCAGUUGUCACAUGUAAAACCCUCCACGUAUUCCUCUAAAAUCUCUACAGAUGUUCCUUUGCAUGAGUCUCCUAAGGCGUUGUUUGAUGAGUAUUUGGAGGAUAAAUCGAGAGUUUUCCAAGCAUUGUUUCCGGAUAAACCCAAAAGCCAUAGGCUUAACGAGGAAGAAUGGAGAAUCCAAAUGUUACCAAUAAACUUCCUCUUUCUCACUGCUUGGCCAGUCGUGGACAUGCGGAUCCGAUGCAUAUCCAACGGCCAAGAUUACCCGCCGGAGAUACCACUAGACGUAACCAAAGUUCUUGAGCUCAACAUGAUAAAAUGGAAGCUUCAAGGGCUUGACCGGGUUAUGAAACCGACUGAUUUCACUCUCGGAGUCAAAGGAGCAUUGUACCCAGAUCGACAUGGAAAUCACGCAAGGCUCAAAGGUCGACUAGAGAUGAACGUAAGCUUUGUGCUUCCUUCGGUUCUCGAGCUAGUUCCCGAAGGUGUUAGGAGAAACGUGGCCAAUGCGGUUUUGACCGGUUUGGUGGAUAACAUGAAGCAUAAGGUUAUCGAGAGCUUGCUCGCUGAUUAUAACAUGUUCAGGAAUGAGAGAAAAAUACACAACUAG